UCGUGUUCUGUAGUUGCAGCUGCUGUGGAUCUUCUCCGGUUUUGGUUCUGAUUCUAGUUUUCAGGAUUUUAUCUCGACAUGUCMUCCGCUGUGGGGCUUCGWGCUGCGGUGAGUUAACAUGUCUUCGUCUGUCUCCGUGUCUCUGUCCUCGUUGUCCAACGUGUCUCGGUUUGUCGCUGCAGGCCGCAGAGGAGCCUCUGAAGAAGGGGAAAAGCUCCGUAGCGGCUCCGAGGAGAGCUGCUCUCCUGGAGAUCACCAACAACCCCGGAGCUCUGGCCGACACCAAGGUAACACUGCGGGACCAGAACCCGCGGGUUCUGGGUCCAAACCGGCUGAAGUUCUGGGUCUCUGAAUCACGUGUYGUUAUGGUGACCCGGAUGUCUGACCCUCUGCUGCCGCCGCAGGUCCAGCCCGUGUCCCGCAGGAAGCUGCAGCUGGCGGGCGUGGCCGCCAUGCUGGUGGCCUGCAAGUACGAGGAGAUGUUCUGCCCGGAGGUGGGAGACUUCGCCUACAUCACGGACGACGCCUUCAGCAGGGCCCAGAUCCUGGAGAUGGAGCAGCUGGUGCUGAGGAGGCUCGGCUUCCAGCUGGGGCGCCCGCUGCCGCUGCACUUCCUGCGCCGAGCCUCCAAGGUGGCAAACACCGACGUAGAGAAGCACACUCUGGCCAAGUACCUGAUGGAGCUGACCCUCCUGGACUACCAGAUGGUCCACCUGCGGCCCUCUGAGGUCGCCGCCGCCUCCCUGUGUCUGUCCCAGCUGCUGGUGGACGGCCUGCCCUGGGUGAGUCGCCCUACCUGUCCCUCUGUCGGCUUCACCUAUUCCAGCUGGAAACUAGAGGUCAGGAUGACCUCUGACCUCGGAGCCACAUGAAGCUGGUUCCAAAGUGGACCUUGUACCAGCUGCAGAACAUUUCCAGGAUCGGAGAAACUCAUCCAGGCGUUUCUCUUUAGUGGCUUUGAUUCCUGCAGCAGCGUCUUCACAGGUCUGACUGACAGAUCAACGGUCCAGAGCGCUGCUGCUGCUGGAGUUCUGACUAGAACCAGGAUGAUGGCGACAGUCCUUGGCUGAGAGAAGAGACUUUGAACUACUGCUGGUAGUUUAUAAAUCACUGAUCUGCUGUUGUCCCAACCCUCCAGGCCGCAGGUUCAGCUGAAACACUGAGUUGCAGCUAAAACCCAGCUGGUUGGAGCCGUUUUGGUCCCGUAAUAAAUGGGACAGAAUGUUGGUUCCUGUUUUCUAGACUAAUG